AAGGACCGACGCUCGCGGGGUCCCGACGCCCAGCGCCCCCGCCCGUCGCUCUCGCCCGGGACCCCGAGGCCAGCGGCCGCCCUCCCGGGCGGGCCUCCGAGCGAGGACGCAGCCGAAUCCCUCUGGCUGCGUCCGCGGGGGUCCCGGGUUUGGGGUCCGGUCCUCGCGGGCCCGGGGGCGAGAAGCGGGGCGCGCGGGCGACGGGUCUGCCGGGCGGGGCGGGCGCGCAGCCCCGGGAGCGCUGUCCAGGGGCUGGGCCGGCCGAGCGGGGGGCACCGGCGGCCUCGGCAGCGUUGGGCCGGGGUCAGGGCGGGCCAGCGGAUUCUCACCGAAGCCCCGCCCGGCCCGCCCGCCCCUGACCUCCCCUAGUCCAGGCGGGGUCCGGAGCCACAGGGCACCCACGGCGGCUGCGCGGCGCCCCCUCCCCCGGCCGCUCCCGGCUAACUCUGUUCUUACCCCGACACAUGGUUCCACUCAGGGAUCUCUGUCUCUUGGGGAGCAGCGUGGGGGGCGGGCGGGCGAAAGGGGGAGGUGGGUGAGGGGCGGAAGUGGCAAGACCCAGAGCAACAGGAAAUGACUUAGGGAAAGUCCCAACCGCAGCCCCCCAGCCCCCUGCCUGUAAACACUCCCACCCCACCCUGCAGGCUAGGGAAGGGCUUGUGGGGCCCGACCGACCGACUUCCCCUUGCAGAACCCAGCGGGUGCCGCGUCUCCACCUGGGGCCUCCAUCACCCCCACCGAGCCAUGUUCCAGGCUGCAGAAGCCGCCCAGGCCACCCCCUCUCAUGAAGCCAAAGGCAGCGGUGCAGGCAGCACUGUCCAGCGCUCCAAGUCCUUCAGCCUUCGGGCCCAGGUGAAGGAGAGCUGUGCCGCCUGCCAGAAGACCGUGUACCCCAUGGAGCGGCUAGUGGCCGACAAGCUCAUUUUCCACAACUCUUGCUUCUGUUGCAAGCACUGUCACACCAAGCUGAGCCUGGGCAGCUACGCCGCACUGCAUGGGGAGUUUUACUGCAAACCCCACUUUCAGCAGCUGUUUAAGAGCAAAGGCAACUACGAUGAGGGCUUCGGCCGGAAGCAGCAUAAGGAGCUUUGGGCCCACAAGGAGGUGGACUCCGGCACCAAGACGGCCUGAGGCCCCUCUGCAAUCCACUGUCUCUGUAGAAGAGGGCCUGGAGAGGGGCAGUGGGAAGGGUGGGAAAGAGAUUGGACCUGGGCUUGGGUUGGGGGGGCAGGGUGGGAUGGGGAUAAAGCCAUCUUGCUCAGGCAGAGGGUUGGGGGGCAGGGCUCAGCUCCAGGGUUCCUUCAUUCUCCCUGGGGCCAGGGUGGGGGGUCGUUUGGGAACCAGGAUUGGGUUUUGCUCACCGCCCUGCUUCUGACUUCUUUCAUUCUACCCCACCUCACCCCUGGCCCCCUGGGAGGCCCCCAGGCCCAGCUUCCCUAUCUAGGUGCCUUUUCUCCAGCAAGGAGUCACCAUGCCCGCUCAGGGUCCCAACCUCCCUCACUGCCACCUGGGGCCCUCUGGGGCCUCCAUGUCUCCCCAUCUACCUCUGCCCUUAGCCUGGUUCUGAGCCAUGGAGACGGGAGGAAGGAGAGCCAGUGAGCCCUGGCUGGGCCUCACAGAAUGCCCACGAGGGCCCUGGGGGUGGGGUGGGGAGGGGGAAGUGGAUUAGCCCCGCCCUCCCCUGAAAGAAGAGGCGGGGCAUGCCCAGUGGGGCUUGGGACCCAUCUUGCACCAUCGGAGUCAAGAAGCAGAAGCUAAAGCACCUGCCACGCUGAGAGCCACAGAGACUGGCUGGGGUCUGGCAUGGGCCACGCUCCUCUCCUCUUGUCCCCCGUUGCUGCCGGUUCUGACUGUUGUGAUCAACCCUGUUUUAAACAUGUUUUAACAGAUUCUGA